UUGGGAAACCCCUUUAGUCGUGCGGUAUAUGUAACAGGGCUGGCGAAAAGCUUGUAUAAGACCUUGCAACGCUUCUUUGAAAUAUUUCAUGGGUUUGUCUGUAUGAAAGAAGAUGUUUUCUGGUUUCUGUUUAAUGCGAUCAGGGUUGACAGCUUCAGCUGUAAGCCUUGCUGGUCGUGGAUUUCGUCACGUAGUCCAGAAUCAGAUCCACUGUCCAAGAUGUCAGAAGGUGGUUCAAGGAACACGGCAGUUCAGUGUCAUGAAAAAUCUCAGACAACCUAAACCAGUGUCUGGGAUUUUGAGAUUUCUUCAGCCUGUCAGGAAGACCACAUCCACAGCCGCAGGGAAGGUUGUGAAGGAGUUACCUCCCCAUGCUGAGAAGAUAGUAGGAGGCUGGUUGAUAGGGUGUGCAGGAAUGGUGGUGGGAGCAGUCAUCUUGGGAGGUGUUACAAGAUUGACAGAAUCAGGCUUGUCCAUGGUUGACUGGCGCCUCCUCAAGGACAUGAAGCCACCAGGGUCACAGCAGGAGUGGGAGGAGGAGUUCAAGCGAUACAAGCAGUUCCCAGAGUAUAAAUAUGUCAGCAGCCAGAAAGAGAUGACUCUAAGUGACUUCAAGUUCAUCUACUAUAUGGAGUACGCCCACCGGAUGUGGGGACGUGGCGUGGGGCUAGUGUUUGCGCUCCCCGCUCUGUACUUCCUUAAGAAGGGAUGGAUCACCAAGGCCAUGAGACCCAGGCUUGCCAUCUAUGCAUCAUUCAUCGGUUUCCAAGGUUUCCUUGGCUGGUACAUGGUGAAGAGUGGUCUAGAGGAACAGAAGAGUCCAGACGGCGUCCCCCGCGUGUCCCAGUACCGACUGGCAGCCCACCUGGGCUCCGCUCUCUUCCUCUACACGCUGUUUCUGUACGGAGGUCUCAUGCAUCUCAGCAAGCCACAGAGGAUGCCCAACACAAGGCAGAUGACGCGACUGAGGGUGUUGACCCACGGAGUCCUCACCAUGGUCCUCGUUACAGCUCUGUCUGGAGCGUUUGUUGCUGGCCUCGAUGCUGGUCUGACCUACAACUCCUGGCCCAAGAUGGCCGACAAGUGGAUCCCUGAUGAUCUUGUCACCAUCGCUCCCAAGUGGAAGAAUAUGUUUGAAAACCCAACCACCGUCCAGUUCAACCAUCGGCAUCUGGCAGAGUCGACUGUGCUGGCAAUCACAGGGUUCUGGUGGGUGGCCCGCAAGGCUCCGCUAUCUCCACGAGCCCGCACAGCGCUCAACUGUCUCCUGGGCAUGGCAUUCAUCCAGGCCAGCCUGGGUAUCACCACCCUGCUGCUGUAUGUCCCCACCCAUCUUGCCGCCACCCAUCAGUCUGGCUCCGUCACGCUGCUUAGCUUUGCUACAUGGCUGGCUCAUGAGAUCAAGAGGAUGCCCAAAUAACGGCCAUGACAGAAGCAUCUUCUUUACUGGAACAAAAUCCAUUUAAACUGCAAUUGCUUUGACCGACCUUGAAAAUUACAUCUCUCGCCAUGAUGUCAGUCAGAGUUUCACACAUAUUUGACAUAUUGAAACCUGGAUUGUUUACAUUGUAAUUUUGCAAUAUUAGGCCCUAAUGUGUAUUUCUUUUGAAACCACCAUACCUUUUUGCAUCGACAUGUACCUGCAAUAUAGUUAUACUUGCAUCUAUUAUUAAUUUAUGUGUUAAGGAUACAAUGUGUGGAGCCCUGUACCACAUCAGAGAUUUACCUGGACUUGCUCAGAGGUACAUAUUUGGGCCAAGUCUUGACAUUAUUUGUGUUUCUCUGAUAACAGGAACUAUAAACAUAGUAAAGAGGACCAAAAAUGUUUUAGUGCUUCGUUUUAUGAUUAAUCAUGUUAAGAUACUUGCUUAUUGAGAAGAUAAGAACUUAAACAUCCCAUUCUU